AUGUUUUCGGAAUAUGCCUCUCGAUUCCUAGCGCAGUCUCAGUCUAGAAUAGCCUUCGGUCCCGAUAACAACGACAGACAACCCUCAGACCGCCAUAGGAGAUUCAACCAAAGCACUUGUUCACGCGCCCCCUCCUCGAGAUCCUAUCUCCAUCGAGCUAUUGGGAACCCUUACCAACCCAGCUCCUCUUACAUCUCCCACUUCCCUUUCUCUUCGAAGGCUUCACUGCAGCAUGCCCCGCUCUUCCACAGCGCUGCGGACGAAUUCAGAGAGGAAGACGAUGAGCAAGAACACGAACGGGAAAUCGAAGACCUCUAUGCCCUACAGCGUUCCCGACGCCAUUUCGGCUCUAGCCAGCUGGAGGAGUCAUCGGAGAUCGAUGAUGACGGCAAACACUCGGAAAAUAGUAUAGUCGCACCGGGCAAUAGUCAUCAAAAUGGCCGCGGAAGAGGCGGCGGGAUAAAGAGUUCGUGGCGCGCCGGUCGAGCGAGUGAUGUCGCACCUGUUCCUGGAGGCAAGCCUUUCGAGCAAGUAAAUGGGGGUGACGAAGAUGACAGGGAUGAUACGCGGAGCACAGGUGCAAGUUCUCUUGGGAAGGAUGUGAUGGUUGAUGUUGGCCUGGAAGAUACCCUGAGGAGUGAUAUGGUGAACCUGCAACGGGACAGUAGGCCAGGUUUUGUGGACGAUGACGACCCCCCGCCAGUCAUUCAGCAAUUUCGGAAGCAGCCUGACCUUGUGGGAGACGCUUUUCAAACCAGCUCCCCUUUUUUGCCCAAGGAAACGGAUGAACAGGCUCUUCUGGAUCAUCCUCGCCCACCAAGUUCUGCCGGAUCAUCCCUUCCAGCUUCAAUGACACACCCGGACUCUGCGUCCCCCCAGCAUGACACUUUUUGGGGCAGUCUCUUUUUAAUCUCCCUCGUGGGCAUGUUUGCUACCGCUUUCUUGGUCUAUCUACAUACCUCCCUACCAAAAGAUAAACUUGCCCUUGGUGAUACCAUUUAUUCUACCCUUCAUGCGUCUUUUUACCUCUUAGCGAUCUAUACUCUGGUGUCUAUUUUGGUGUCUCUAUUGUGGUUAGCCUUGCUUCGUUCCUACAUCCGGCCGUUGGUUUAUGGGAUCUUAAUUGCGGUUCCUGUGAUACUCUACUCGUUUUCUCUUUACCCGUUCAUAGCCAGCUUUAGCGGAACUUGGCAUGGCCAAAGUAUCCAGGACAAGGUCAUGCGCUGGGGUUCCUUGGUACCAGCCAUAAUAGCAACCGUCUGGGUGUAUUUGGUUAUUCAGGGGCGUCUUGCAACAGGCAAGGCGAUCAGUAUCUUGGAGUUCUCAUGUCGUAUCCUCGCAGCUAAUCCGGCACUGCUUAUCCUUGGGUUUUUCACGUUGGCCGUCAUCGCGUCGUGGACGUGGGUGUGGAUCCUCAUGUUUACUCGCGUGUUUCUCGGUGGUCAUGUCUCCGCCUCGAAAAACGUGUUCAUCAUUAAUGCAGGGAGUUGGUGGCUGGGUGUUUACUUUGUUUUUGUCUUCCUCUGGUCCCUUGGAGUGAUUGCUGGAGUUCAGCGCACUGUCACCGCUGCGACCGUCAGUCAAUGGUAUUUCCAUCGCUUAACCCUACCAAUGUUAUCAUCCCGUCAGAUCGUCCAGGCAGCAUUGCUCCACUCUCUGAGUACACUAUUUGGUACAAUCUGUCUCUCAACACUUUUGGCCCUGCUAGUCCGUCUACCAUUAAUAGUCCUCCCAAGACGGCUAUCCUCCUUUAUUGUCUUGGUCGCAUACUCAUUCAUCCCUACCCCGAUCGCCACACUCACGAACCCUCUCACUCUAACAUAUGCUGCCAUUCAUUCACUACCCCUGGGAGCUUCUGCUCGCAGUCUCAGCCAAAUGACGUUCCUCACACCCUCAACAACAGCCACCUCCUUCCGCCCGCUCUCCUUCUCCAACUCUGAUAGCAGCAACUACACCAGCAACUCCUCACUGCUCCCAUACCGCCUCUCCAAGCUCCUCCUACACGCCACUCGGUUCAUCAUGUCUCUUGCCCUCGGUUUCAGCGGCUGGGUCACAACAGCUCGAAAUCUCCAGUUAACCAUUGGAACAUCCAUGAUACGAGGUAGUCUGUACGCGUAUGUUGUCGGAUUGAUUGCGGGAGCCAUUGGCUGGAGUGUCCUUGGUGCGAUGGAAGGUGUACUGACGGGAGUGGUGGAUGCCGCUCUUGUCUGCUGGGCUAGUGAGGUAGGCAGCACGCGGAGGGAACCUAGGUACUGUCGGGAGGCUGGGUGGCUAUUUGGUGGGGGCAGAAAGGGGGGAGGCACAAGUGAAAGGAAUGAUGAGGUUGAAUAUCCCGUUUAA